GCCGGUCAAGAGCGGUGGCGUCCUCCGGGCAGCCAGCUAGCCCAGGCGCCGGGCCACGGGGGGCCAUGUCCGCAGGUUGAGCGCCAGCGCCCCACUGCGCCGCAGGCCCUGCAGGCCCUCUCUUUGCCUCUCCGCCCUUGGGGGCCGUGCGUUCCCAGGCCAGGCCCCGGUGGCCGACCAUGGUGCUGCCGCCUCCGGACCGGCGCCACGUGUGCCUGACCACGCUGGUGAUCAUGGGCAGCAUGGCUGUCAUGGACGCUUACCUGGUGGAGCAGAACCAAGGCCCGCGCAAGAUCGGUGUGUGCAUCAUCGUGCUGGUGGGUGACGUGUGCUUCCUUCUGGUGUUACGCUACGUGGCUGUGUGGGUGGGCGCCGAGGUGCGUACAGCCAAGCGUGGCUACGCCAUGAUCCUCUGGUUCCUCUACAUCUUCGUGCUGCAGAUCAAGCUCUACUUCAUCUUCCAGAACUACAAGGCGGCGCGGCGCGGCGCGGCCGACCCGGUGGCACGCAAGGCGUUGACCCUGCUGCUGUCCGUGUGCGUGCCGGGCCUCUUCCUGCUGCUCGUGGCGUUGGACCGCAUGGAGUACGUGCGCACCUUCCGCAAGCGCGAGGACCUGCGUGGCCGGCUCUUCUGGGUGGCGUUGGACCUGCUAGACCUGCUGGACAUGCAGGCCAACCUGUGGGAGCCACCGCGCACCGGGCUGCCGCUGUGGGCCGAGGGCCUGACCUUCUUCUACUGCUACAUGCUGCUGCUCGUGCUGCCCUGCGUGGCGCUCAGCGAGGUCAGCAUGCAGGGCGAGCAUAUCGCACCGCAGAAGAUGAUGCUCUACCCGGUGCUCAGCCUGGCCACUGUCAACGUGGUCGCUGUGCUGGCGCGCGCCGCCAACAUGGCCCUCUUCCGCGAUAGCCGCGUCUCGGCCAUCUUUGUCGGCAAGAAUGUGGUGGCGCUUGCCACCAAGGCCUGCACUUUCCUCGAGUACCGACGCCAGGUGCGCGACUUCCCGCCGCCCUCUCUCGCUCUGGAGCUGCAGCCCCCGCAGCGCAACUCAGUGCAGCAGCCGCAGCCCUUGCACGGCCCGCCCGGGCGCCCCCACGGGCCCUCAUCCACACGGGACACCCUGGACACGUGACAGGCCGCAGGGACCCCCUAGGGACACCCAGGAGGUGGAGAGACCAGCGGUUUGCAUGGGAUGGCAUGGGGUGGGGCGGGCUCCCCGCGCGGGCUCCCAGCUGCUGCUGCUGCAACUCAGGAAACCCUACGAAGGACCUCGACCCCUGGGGGCCUUGCUGGCCGGCCCGCCGGCCCCAGGGUUUAGAGCAGGUGGGUCCUGAGGCUGAGUUGAGGCGGCCUGCCUGCCCGCCUGCCUGCUGGGCUGUCAGGGUAGAAAGGGAGGGCAGGGUGGGUGCUGAUCUGCACCCCAGUGGAGGCCUCUGCCAUUUUAAAGACUGUGUUUACAGUUUUGUAUUCAAAGCA